AUGCGUCCCCAGGCCGUGCUCCCCGACGCCCUCUGUGCCGUCGGCGACACCCCCCUCAUCCGCCUCAACCGCAUCCCCGCAGCAGAGGGCAUCCGCUGCAACGUCAUGGCCAAGUGCGAAUACUUCAACGCCGGCGGAAGCGUAAAGGACCGCAUCGCCCGCCGCAUGCUCCUCUCGGCGGAGCAAAACGGCACCCUCAUCCCCGGCAAGUCGAUCGUCGUCGAGCCCACCAGCGGCAACACGGGCAUCGGCCUCGCCCUCGCCUGCGCCAUCCGCGGCUACCGCUGCAUCAUUGUCCUCCCCGAGAAGAUGUCGGCCGAAAAGGUCAACACGCUCCGCGCCCUCGGCGCAGAGGUCAUCCGCACCCCCACAGAGGCCGCCCACGACGACCCGCGCUCCAACAUCAUGGUCGCACGCAGGCUCGCCGAAAAGCUCCCCGACGCCGUCAUCCUCGACCAGUACAACAACCCAAACAACCCCAUGGCCCACUGGGGCACCGCAGAGGAGAUCAUCGAGGCCAUCGUCGCAGGAUACGCGCCCCCCGCAGAGGCCUCGCUCGCCACCGGCAUGGGCGCCGCCCCCAACAAGGACGUCCACGCUCCCGCCGGCGCCCGCCCACUCACGCCCGACUCGAGCCAGGGGGCCGCGUCGCCCGAGCAGCGCCCCGUCGACCUCGCCACCAGCGCCAUGGCCGCCCACUCGCUCGCGUCGCCCGCGUCCGCGUCGUCGUCGGGCCUGGUCGACGUGCUCGUGUGCGGCGUCGGCACCGGCGGCACCGUCAGCGGCAUCGCCUCGCGCCUCAAGCGCGCCGACCACAACCCGGGCUGCUUUGUCCUCGGCGUCGACCCCGUCGGCUCGGACCUGGCGCUGCCCGCGUCGCUCAACCAGCUGCCCGAGGGCGCCGACGGCUCGUACAAGGUCGAGGGCAUCGGCUACGACUUUGACCCCAACACGCUCGACAAGACCAUGAUCGACGAGUGGUACAAGACGGUCGACGACGUCAGCUUCGCCUACGCCCGCCGCCUCAUUGGCGAAGAGGGACUCCUGGCCGGCGGCAGCUCGGGCGCCGCCGUCGGUGCCGCCAUCAGCUGGCUCAAGCCCGGCGGCGCCGGCUACGAGCGCUUCGGCAGCAAGGAGGGCCUCAACGUCGUCGUCGUCCUACCCGACAGCCUGCGCAACUACAUCACCAAGCCUUGGCUCUCGGUCGAUGCCAAGCCCGAGCUGCGCGAGUCCGAGAUCGACUUUGACAGCUUCCAGUGA